AUCCCUCUUAAAAGACUGACCAAAAUUUUUGAAACUGCAAACCGCAUAUCACACAACGAAGGCCAAAUCUUUAUCCUCAGUGUCUCUGUCUCUCAACAUGUCAAAGAUGAUGCGGUCAGAUCGGAAACCACCGCUGGCGUUAAGAUCUCCGGUGAGGCUUCGUCCCCGUCGCCCUCUUCAGUCAACUGCAAAUAAUCUUCAAACCCCGUCAGGUUUUUCAACAAAAUCCCGUGUGCCCAAACAAUCGAUCAAAACAGAAGAAUCUGAACUCCGCCCAGAAUACCACACAAUUUCUUCUGAACUAAAAGCUCUAACAAAAAUGGUUCAAGAAAAUCUACGGGGUUCCACUGAUACAAAUCAAGUUUCAAAUGCUGCUUAUCAUGAAAGUCCUUUAUUUGAAAGGGGAAAGUUGUAUGAAGAGUAUUCUGCAAGAAGAAACGAAAGGCUAAAAAGAAAAAGAGGCGAAUCUGAGGUUGAGAAAAAUACCCCGUGUAAACAAUAUCUUGGGGUUAGGAAUGAGUCAACAAAGAAAACAGAAGUCAAGAAAUUUGAGAGUGGAAGGAAGAUGACAACCCCAUUGGUGGAUAGGAAAGAAGUGGGGUCCACAAUGAGGUAUUCAUUGAGAAGUAAUUGCAAAGAGAAUAAGAAACCGCCUUUGGGUGUGAGUUUUGAUAGAUCGAUGGAAGGAACUUUGGAAAAGAAAACUAUUACAGUUAGAAGAACUGCAAGAAAAGGGUAUUAGCUAUUCGUUUGUGUAUCAAUAUCACAAUCUGUGUUGUGUUACUGUUACUGUUAUAGUUACUGUUAGUGUAAUAGGUUUGAGAAAUGGGUUUGUGAAGUUGCAAUGAUUGAUUGAUGUUGGUAGAGUUGAGAAAGAAAUAGGGUAAUUGAUGUCAUGAACUUUGAAAACCUGUGGUUUUCUAUGAUAUGAAAG